AUGGAUGACCCUAUCAAAGCGAUAUACAAAAUAAAACAAGUAAUAUACGAAAUAUCAACCAAAACAAGCAAGGAACCACCUACUUGCAUCGCUGAUGAACACCUAAAGCAAGGGCAAACACAUAAUAGUGAAGAAUUGGCGUCAAUAGCAAAUCAAGUAAAUGACAUCAUGAAAAAGAUUAAAGAACUAGAUUCUGACAUCAACGUCUUUAAAAAUAACGUAGCGGAUAAAGAAAGUAUUGAACACAUUGCACUGGCUCUGAACUCAUGGAAAGAUCCUCGCAUUGAUGAUAUUGCCAGCAACAUAUCCAAUGUCAAACAUACAAUCCAGGAUAUGCAAACACGAGCCCUGUAUGUAACAUCCCCACAGUCAACAUCUAUAGAUAGUAUAUCUACAGCCAUAGAACCAGUGUUAUUUAGAAUAGACAAAAUCACUGAGGACAUAAAGGAAUUAAGAGAUUACGGAGUGAGCCAAAGUGCGUUUCAGAACAACUCAGGUUUGGGCACAGAGCUGGCAAUUGCGGAAAUCAGAGACAAGCUUAAUCAUCUGGAGACAUGCAACUGCAGCAACAUAACGAAUAAAACAACAGAAAGUCCCAAAAAUGUCGUAAUAAAAGAACAACAAGCCGCUCGCCAAAUAAAAUCUUAUGCAGAAGCACUUACUUCACCACGAUUUGCUCUUGUUGUUGAAUCAUCGGAUCCCAGACAUACGAGCGAAGAUGUUGUCAACACAAUAAAGAACAACAUCGACGUGGUACAACUUGGAGUGGGGGUUAACAAUAUAAGAAGGGUAAGAAAUCAGAAGGUGCUACUAUCAUGCGACAAUGACGAGGACCGAGAAAAGCUUCAAAAUGCAAUUAGAAACUCGGACAAGAAGCUAACAGUCUCAAAGUCAACAGCCAAAAACCCACUGCUUAAAUUAAUAGGAGUAGCUAAUGAUCUUAAUAAUACAAAACUAGAAGAAGCAUUAGUUAACCAAAAUAUUAAGCUCCUAAAACACAUAGAAAUGGAAAAUAUAAAGACUAAAGUAUUGAGACGAAUUAAAGGGCGAACGGCGGCAAUUAACAAUAUAAUAUUAGAAGUAAGCCCUGAGGUCUGGAAAGCACUGAAAGACCAAAGAGUGCAUGUGGGGUACCAAAUAGUACCCGCCCUAGACCAAUCUCCCGUUGUGCAAUGCUACCGAUGUAUGGGCUUUGGGCAUAGGGCUAGAGAAUGCAGGGCAGAUAAAUCAACUUGCGGAUAUUGUGCAGAGGACCACGACAGCAGAGAAUGUCCACGCAGCAAUGGAGCACCAACUUGCGCAAACUGCACUAGGAACAAAAUUGUAGGUGAUCUCAGCCACCCAGCAUACAGCAAUGAAUGUUCAGUGUGGAAGAAAUGGGAUCGCAUAGCCAGAUCCUUGGUAGCAUAUUGCUAA